AUGGUCAAUCUGCAUGGGUUGUUCACUUCGUAUGCGCAGUGUAUCGUUAUGCGUGAUCGGGAGAGUGGGAAGUCGCGUGGAUUCGGUUUCGUCACUUAUGGUUCAAAAUCUGAGGCCGACUUAGCUAUUGGUGGAAUGAACGACCAAGAACUCGAUGGUCGUCGUAUCAAGGUUAACUUUGCCAAUGCUCGUACGCAAGGCUACAACACUACAGCCCCUGUAACCUAUGAAGCCUAUGGAGGGGGCUAUGGUGGAGGCUACAGCGGUGGAGGGGGUUAUGGCGCCGGCGGAGGCUACGGUCCAGCUGGAGGCUACUCAGGUGGUGGAGGAUUUAAUGCCGGCGGUGGCUAUGGCAGUAGUGGAGGAGCUUACCAGGGGGGCACAUACGGCAAUCCUGGAGGCUAUGGAGGAGGGGGUUAUGGCGGAGGUUACCCUCAAGGUGGACAAGGUGCUGCAUAUGGCGGAGGGUAUCAACAACCACCUGCCAACUACGGUGGUGGUGGCAAUUAUUAG